GUAAUCUUAUGGGUGACCGGUAAACUGUGUACUGGAAGGCGUGGACAAGAUGUUUCAUGAGCCCAUUGGCUGUGGUGAACAAAACAUGAUACGCACAGCGCCCAUUGUCUACGGGAUGUACUUCCUGAAACAGACAGGGACCAUGGAGGCAAAACAUGAGGACUCAGGAACGACAAAAAUGAGAAAUGGUAUCACAAGACAAAUAUCAAUGUACCACAAAGAAGAUGGAUCAUUUACAGUCUGGAAAA